AUGGAAAACCAAAACCCUCCUUCAAUUCAAACAUUGGAUUCUGAAGCUCCUGAAAUUUCUCCAACAGGUCAAACUAGUUUUUUCAGCGCCAAAGAUGCAGUGCAAAAAUUGAAAACAAACUUGGUUUUCCAUUCAAAAUGGGCUGAACUUAAUGGUGCCAUGGGUGACCUUGGCACCUACAUACCUAUAGUGUUGGCUCUCACUCUAGCUAGAGACCUCAACCUUGGCACCUCAUUGAUUUUCAACGGUGUCUACAACAUCAUCACUGGUAUCAUUUAUGGGGUUCCUAUGCCUGUCCAGCCUAUGAAGGCGAUUGCCGCUGUGGCCUUAUCAGACAAAGAAUUCGGCGUACCAGAAAUCAUGGCUGCAGGAAUCAUGACGGGAGCUGUGUUGUUCAUUCUUGGCAUCACAGGAAUGAUGAAGCUUGUGUACAAGUUCAUUCCUUUACCUGUUGUAAGAGGAAUUCAACUAGCACAAGGUUUGUCAUUUGCUUUAACCGCUGUUAAAUACGUGAGGAAUGUGCAAGAUCUUCCCAAGUCUAAAGCUUUAGGUGAAAGACCAUGGUUUGGGUUAGAUGGGUUGAUUCUAGCUAUCGUUUGUGCUUUUUUCAUUGUGAUUGUGAAUGGAGCUGGUGAACAGAAUCGUGGAAGUUGCGGUGCUCGAGACAAUGGUGAUAAUUUAGAUGAAGGUAGAAGAAACAAUAGGAUUGAUAAAUUGAGAAAGAUUGUUUUUUCACUCCCUUCUGCAUUUAUAGUCUUUGUGUUGGGGAUUGUGUUGGUUUUUAUAAGAAAACACCAAGUUGCGCGCCAAGUUACAUUUGGACCUAGUUCAAUAGAAUUAGUGAAAUUCAGUAAACAAUCAUGGAAGAAAGGUUUUAUUAAAGGUGCAAUUCCUCAACUUCCAUUAUCAAUUUUGAACUCUGUCAUAGCCGUUUGUAAGUUGUCGACCGAUCUUUUCCCGGAAAGGGAAUUUUCAGUUACUUCAAUUUCGGUGACAGUUGGACUAAUGAAUUUGGUUGGUUGUUGGUUUGGUGUGGUACCAACUUGUCAUGGUGCUGGUGGACUUGCAGGACAAUAUAAAUUUGGUGGAAGGAGUGGAGGAUGUGUAGUACUUCUUGGUGUUGGAAAAUUGGUAUUAGGACUUGUGUUAGGAACUUCUUUGGCACAUAUUAUGAAGCAUUUUCCAGUUGGGAUCUUAGGUGUUUUGCUUUUGUUUGCUGGAAUUGAACUUGCAUUGUGUGCUAGAGACAUGAAUAGCAAACAAGAUUUCUUUGUGGCACUUGUUUGCACUGCGGUUUCUUUAGUUGGAUCUAGUGCAUCACUUGGAUUUUUAAUUGGAAUGAUAGUUUAUGUGUUGUUUAAGCUAAGGAGUUACACAAAGGAUAAACCAUUCUCUACUAUUUGGAACUAG